CGUGACGUUGGCAUUCGAGCUCAACAAUCCGGUUGUGACGGGCGGUAUCUGGUUCCGCGAUGGCCAUCUUGGUAGCAGAUCCCAGCGACUUGCCUGGCUUUACAGCGACUCAUCAGUCAUACAACAAAACCGACCCGAGCAACAAACCCCUCUUGACGAACGGAGCUGAGGCGUCACCCAAGAGCAAGGUCGUUUCCGGCAACGCAGAAAUCCUCAACGACUCGCCUGAUACGCAGCGCUCGAAUGUUGCAGUCAUCGAUCGCUUCAUCGAUGAGCCUCGCCAGCUUCGUGUCGCCGUCAUUGGAGGAGGGCUUUCGGGCAUCGUCGCCGGCAUUCUGCUCCCGAUCAAGGUUCCAGGAAUCGAUCUGACCAUUUUCGAAAAGAACACAGACUUGGGCGGAACGUGGCUGGAAAACGUGUAUCCCGGAGUGCAAUGCGACAUCCCGUCCCACGUCUAUCAGUCAACCUUCGCACCCAAGAAAGACUGGUCGGACCAGUUUGCCUCCGGAGAGGAGAUCAGGGACUAUUGGCAGUCGGUGGCUCGCAGGUUCGACGUUUAUCGCCAUGUCAAGUUCCAACACCGCAUCGAUGCCGCUACAUGGAAGCCUGAGGAUGGCAAAUGGCUACUGCAGGCCACCGACCUCGGCUCGGGGAACACAGUAAGCGACAGCUUCGACAUUGUUCUCACAUGCAUCGGGCGUUUCAACGACUGGCGACUGCCACAAUACCCCGGGAUAUCCGAGUACCAGGGAUUGCUUCGGCACACCUCCAAUUGGGAUCCAUCCUUCGACCCCGAGGGGAAGAGGAUAGCAGUCAUCGGCAAUGGGGCAAGCGGUAUUCAGGUUGUCGCAAACCUGCAGAAGGUGGUCGGUCGUCUGGACCACUACGCUCGAAGCAAGACCUGGAUCGCUUCGUCCUGGGCGGGUGACGAUCGCACGCUCGAGGCACAGCCGAUCCCACAAGAGCAACAGAAGAGCUUCGAGGACCCAGCAGCUUAUCUUGCCUUUCGAAAACAACUGGAGGACAAAUACUGGCGACGCUUCCGCUCGUUCCUCAAAGACACAGAGGAAAACGCGGAGCUCAAGGAAGCCUUCAUCAACAUCAUGAAGAGGCGUCUGGAUAAGAAGCCCGAAUUGCUAGAGCACAUCGUGCCAGACUUCUCCCCAAACUGUCGGCGCCUUACGCCCGGCCCUGGCUACCUGGAGGCCAUCGCAGAGGACAAUGUGGAAUACAUCCAGACGCCAAUCAAGCGGCUCACCACGACCGGGAUUGAAACGGUGGAUGGAGAGCACAGAGAAGUCGACGCCAUCUUUUGUGCAACUGGAGCCACGGGUGGUGCAGCUCCAAGCUUCCCCGUCCGGGCUGGUGACAAGGAGCUGGGCGACCUUUGGAAGCCAGACGGCGAGCAUGGCUUCCCUUAUACAUACAUGGGGCUGGCCACACCGGGAUUUCCCAACAUCUUCUUCGUCCAGGGCCCCCACGCGACAGGCCCGUCUGGAACGGUACCGCAUAGCGUUGAGACUCAAUUGACCUACUUCGCCAAGCUAUUGAGGAAGGUUGCGAGAGAAGGGAUCAAGUCGAUCGAGCCAUCGGCGGAAGCUGCCGACGACUUCGUCGCUUAUUCCGAUGCCUUCUUCAAAACCACCGUACUCUCUGAUCAUUGCAGCUCCUGGUACAAUGGCGGUCGGCCCGGUGGGAGGAUCCAUGGGGCCUGGCCGGGGAGCGCGGCGCACCUCACCAUAGCACGACGCGAGCCGCGAUGGGAGGAUUGGAAGUACACGUAUCUGUCCGAUACUGGGAACAGGUUCCUCUGGUACUUUGGGAACGGCUGGACGAGGCGUGAGGCUGAUCUGGAAUCGGACAUGACGCCGUAUUUGCAGUACGCCGAUGACAUAGACCUGCGAGAUGUACACGAGAGUUGGUGGAGCGUGCCAUGAGCGCGCGUUGCCACGCACUGUUGCAUGACAGAAAUAAAAGUUGCAUCUGUCGCAGCAUUCGGUAUAGCCAUCGCGAAGAGUGACUGGUGGUCAGCACAGCCUGGGAG